GGUCGUAGCGGUCGACCAAGAAAAGCCAGCAAGAUUACCGGCCGCGACGGUGCUUGCGGCAAGUAUUGCGGGACUGCUCCAUCAUCCGCCAACAUUUCUUUUACCAGCUUCCGACAGUCGUUCACCACUAAUGUCAACUACUUGAAACGAAGCCUGAGCUUGUCUUCCAGGUUCUCGUCGGGGGACCUGAGCUCGGAGCUCGACGAUGAGCCUAGCGCGCGCACGGGGCUGGCCUCCGUGGGCAGGCAGGACUCGGCGCAGAACUACCAGGGCCUGGCGGACCGGCCGCUGCAGUCGCAGCCGCAGUCGAUGCAGCCGCCCAGCCAGCCGGUGCCUGGCGCGCCCCCGCCGCCGCCCGGACAGCCCGCCACCGACCUCAGCCUCAACCUCAGGACCAGCUCGCGCACCACCAGCGCGCCCUCCUCGCCUGCCAAGACGCGCGAGAGCCUGCUCCAGAGGGUGCAGAGCCUCACCGGCGCCGCCCGCGACCAGGGCGCGUCAAUUUUGGGAGCGGCAGUGUCAGGUGCCACAAGAGGUCAAGGCUUCGGCGGGAAGGAUCGCUACUUCACCCUUCUGGUAAUCGAUGAUCAGAACACCGACUGGAGCAAGUACUUCCGGGGGCGUCGUCUUCACGGGGACUACGAAAUACGCGUGGAGCAAGCCGAGUUUCGCGAGAUUUCACUGACCGCGAGCGAGCUUGGCACCACCGUAUCCAUGGCUGUAUUCCGCAACGGAAGCAAAGUUAUCAGGUCUUUCAAGCCAGACUUCGUGUUGGUACGCCAAAACUUGCGUGACGCUGGUGAAGAUUACAAGAAUAUACUGUUAGGCCUCAUGUAUGGUGGCAUCCCUAGUGUCAACAAUCUUCAAGCAAUUUAUAACUUCCAGGACAAACCGUGGGUAUUUGCCCAUCUUCUUGGACUUCAACGGCGCCUUGGUAGAGAAAAUUUUCCGCUUAUCGAGCAAACAUUCUAUCCGAAUUAUCGGGAAAUGGUCAGGGCGGCGCGCUACCCGCUGGUGGUGAAGCUGGGCCACGCGCACAGCGGCCUGGGCAAGGCCAGGGCAGAGAACAGCCAGGAGUUCCUGGACCUGGCCUCGAUGGCCGCCAUGGGCAAGCACUAUUGCACCGCCGAGCCCUACAUCGACACCAAGUACGACGUGCACGUGCAGAAGAUCGGCCAGAAUUACAAGGCCUUCAUGCGCAAGAGCAUCAGCGGCCACUGGAAGUCCAACACGGGCUCGGCCAUGCUGGAGCAGCUGGCCGUGACCGAGCGCCACCGCGCCUGGGUCGAUCAGGUGGGCCAGCUCUUCGGCGGCCUCGACAUCUGCGCCAUCGAGCUGCUCGUCGGCAAGGACGGCCGCGAGUACAUCAUCGAGGUGAACGACAGCGCGCUCUCGCUCAUGGGCGACUCGCAGGAGGAGGACCGCCGCCACAUCGCCGACCUGGUCGCCGCCAAGAUGCAGGCCUACUGCCGGCUGCCCGGCCCGCCGGCCCAGCAGGCCCAGCAGGCCGCGCCGGCCGCGCAGGCCGCGCAGGUGCAGCACGCGCCGCCCGUGCGCGCGCACUCGCGCGGCUCGCUCUCGGGCUCGCUCUCGGGCUCGGGCUCGGGGCAGCUGGGCAGCCCGGGCGACGAGGGGCCACCCGCCCAGCCGCCCGCGCAACCGCCGCCCGCGCUGCCGGCCGACCAGCAGCCGUCGGCGCAGCGCCGCGACUCCCAAGCCUCGCAGUCGAGCACAGUGAGCAGCACGCCGUCGGUCGGGCGCAGGGACGAGCCGCCGCCCGUGCCACCCACCUCGCGCCUGCCCUUCCAGCGCCAGGGCAGCCAGUCGCAGUCCGCCGCCGAGGACACCGAGGACACCAUGAAGAACUUGCGCAAGACCUUCGCCGGCAUCUUCGGCGACAUGUAAGCCCCCGCCUCGUCCCUUCUGCACCCCCUGGCCGCAACAGCCUCCCAGCAAUAACAGCCCUGUUCCGGUCCUCCCAGUUUCCUCAUCCGCACUCGCCUCCCAUCUCACCCCUCUGCGUUCCUAUGCCUCAUUACUCGCGAAAUCUUUGCCGGUGCUUUUACAGUACUGUAUUAGUUAUUGAUUCAAUCAUCGAAACUAUAAUUAUAUACAUACAUACAUACAUACAUACAUAUAUAUAUAUAUAUAUAUAUAUAUAUAUAUACAUCCACGACGAAGGCAACACGCAGUGCAAGUGGGAAACAAAGUCUUGUUGUUAUAGAUUAUUAGCAUCGUGUGUAGAAGAGCGAUUAGUCAUCUAUUGUAUAAGAGUGGAAAAAUCACAUCGUCAUAUCAUCGGAAUACUGAUGGAAGCGUCGACCAUUCCAGGCAAAAGUACAAUUACCGUGAAAAGAUUUCGCAUGAUCUAAAAUCCAUUCGAUAAAUGUUGCCGUUGAAUUGGAAAAGCGACGGCAAAGGUUAGCUCGGUUGAGAGAGGGGCUAAGCAACGAGCAUUGUUGUAAACUUUUUAGGAAUGCAAUGUUUGGGCAGUGUAAAUUUCUUUGAGUAUUGGAAGCGGCAAAUAUUUGGAAAGUAGCGAACGCGAGGAGAGCGUGUUUUUGGAGCACUGCUUGAUUCUUUGUUUCGAUAUGCGUUAUUCGAUGAGACUUGACGUUGACGCGUGCACGGACUGAGAGAUGCUGAAAAGUGCAGCGCGGGCAAGAAAAAGCAAUAAAGUAGCGACUGACUUAACUACCGAUAGCUUGACGCAUUUAGAGCGAGCCAAUGAGAAUGCCACUCGAAUCUUGAAACAAUGAAAAUUGAAUGACAAACUGGAGAAUCAAUUUAGCUUCGUCGUAUUUCGAAAGAUACAAUUAAAAUCAAGACAAUUAUUUCGAUGUGUAUAUUUCAAAUGCAUCAAAUGCAAGCCUUGUUCCAAACUGUUCAUUAAUCCAAUGCGCAAGUGAGUUUUCACAUAUCCUAUGCCAAUACCUGAUGACUAAGACCAUUGGAAAUCGUUUUGAAAUAAAGCCUAAAUCCAGUUAAUAGUGAAAAUAUAUUUAUUAGGAUUUUCCGAGAGCUGUAAAAAGGAAAAGAUAGUUGCAAUUAGAACAUUCAAGUGGAAUUAUAAAGACAUUCUUUGAAUCGAUAUAAUUGUUAAAACUGAGCUGUGUACAGAAUUUAUACAAAUGUAAAGAAAGGACAAGGGAAGGGAAGAUUAUGGAUAGUGUUAUGACGCAUUUAUUUGGAAAAGCUGCGAGUCCUCUGAUAAUCUGUUGUCAUUGAUGUCAUCGUAUGGAUAAAGUGUGGUCAAGGAUCGAUCUCUGUUGUUUAUUUAAUUGAAAUGAUUACGGUGCCUGUCAAAUAGAGACAUUUGCAAUCAUCGAUACAAAUUUUACACCUGUAAAUCGAAACCUAUUAUUGUGAGGAAUAAUAAUAUUAUGAGAAAAUUUUAUAAAUUUUACAGUCUUCGAUUAGCCGAUAUACUCUGUCUGAUUGAGUCGCCCAAACAAAAUAUGAUAAUGAAUGACGCAUCUGCGAUGAAUUUUUAAAAUGUCCAAUAACUGAUUAUUAGUCGGACAUCACAGCGAGACAUUAAAGCUUUGACCUGAGACAUCACAGCAUUGAGCUCCAACGAAUUUUCUAAUCUCAAAUCAAUUGAUUAUCCACUCGAUUGCUGCACGCCGUUGCACUUCUGUACAAAAGAUAUCGCGUGCGAUAGGCAUGCAUUAAAAUUGGCCAAUCCACAGACAUCUCACAUACGUUCAUUCUUGAUUGGAUCGCUUUGAAAUGGACGCAAGCGUUCAAACGACUAUCGGAAAAGCGCUGAGCGAAAGCAUGGAAAAGUCGUUUGCAAAAUGUACAAUGAAACAGUUGAGGACAUGCGAUGGUGCAUAGAUGUAUAUUUGAAAAAAAAAGGCUUGGCUAAGAGAUUGCUUAUUACAGAGCCUAAGAUUGCCAAUAAUAAAGAGACCAUAAUAAAGAGCUUGGUAGCUUAUUCGCGAAUAUUUUGCCAAGUAUUCAAUACAUAUAUGUGUGUGUGAACUGCAACAUUGCAUCCUUAGCGAUGCAGACCUGUUCUGAAUAUAGAAUCUAACGAUAUAUGAUCCGUGGAGCGUAUAAAGCCGCUGUAAUAAAACUAAGUAUUGUUAAUGCGAAUACGUAGAGAGAGUAAAGAAAUUAAAUGAAACGUAGAGGCGUAUGUUCGAUGCGCGCCCUACAUCUUCUUCAUUUCAACGCGUGCUAGUCACUCAUCCAAUAGCUAUUGUACACCACACUCGUGUAUAUUCGGUAAGAAAGAUGCAAAACGAGAUAGGUCUUCACGCGAAUACCAACAAUUACGUAUAUCCUUUAUAUAAUUAAUAUAAUAUCGCACACACCUACCACGCAUGCACGCAGACACACACACACACACACACACACACACACCUUAUCAGUCCUUCAAUAGAUAUUGUAUUCAGCGUGGUGCAAGCAAAUAGUAAGAAUAAUAAUAGUCAUGAUGAUAAUAAUAAUAUCUACCUUACGAC